AGCCGACGGCUCCACCUGAUGGAGAAGCGCGGAGAGUCCCUAGACCUCGGAGUGCGCUGCAAGAGGGGAGAGGAGAGAGACCGCCGCCCCUGCUGGAAGCCUUCGCGUCCGGGGGCGGCGCGCGGGGGAAGGGGUCUCUGGACAGUCGGUGGAGGCAGCAGCCUUACAGAGACAGCCGAAAGCCAGCAACUUGGAAAACCGCCCGAAUUCUGGUUUUCUGCACAUCCAGGCUGGCUCCAGGUCUCUUGUGCCCACCGUGCAAGCCGGUGGGAUGCCAGCAGGUGGCAUCCUCUCCAGCGUUUCUUCCCCAGGCGUGGAGUCCGGAGGCCGAAUCCAUCAGUCCCCGGCCCCCUCCCCAAGCCUCCGGUGCCAAGUGCUGGGUCCUGUCAGCCCCUGGCCCCGCCCCCCACCUCCGCCAGCGGGGCGAGCCGGAGCUGGGUGGCCCAGACCCGCGCGGAGGCGGGAGCCUACAGAGGAUGCCGGCCGGCCCCAGGUUCUGCUGCUGGCUGGCCAAGAAGUGACAGGAGGGCAAGGCUCCCCCGGAAAGCGUCCAAGCCCUGCUCUCCUGCUCUUCCAAGCCUUGCUGCCUGUUGCCCCCAGGGUUUUCUGAGAUCUGGGACGAAGAGAGUGAUGUGCAAGGUUCUGGGUCCCGGUGCAGGAGUGAGGGGUACGGCUGUCGAGUGCUCGGAGCAGGCUGGCGUUUGGGCACACUGCAGACCUCAGCUCACCGCCACUUUCUCCUGACCUUCCUCGUGGCUGUCAGCCCAAUGUCUAACAUGUGUUAU